AUGCGGUUCAGUCUCCUUGCCUCUUCAGCGGCAGCCCUCUUCGCCUCCUUCGUCGCCGCCGACGCGUCAGACGUGAUCAACUUGACCGCAGAGAACUUCGACGCUGUGGUCCAGCCCGAGCCUGUCAUUCUGGUCGAGUUCUUCGCACCAUGGUGUGGACACUGCAAAGCGUUGGCUCCUCACUAUGAGGAGGCCGCCACGGCUCUGAAGGAGAAGACCGCUGUGAAGCUGGCCAAACAAGCGCUUCCCGCUGUAUCUGACGUGAAGUCCGAGAAUUACCAGGAGUUCAUCAAGGCGGACAAGACAGAUGCCCCCGGCCCCGAAUUCACUGCGACAGCGAACAAGCAUCGUGACGACUACCUCUUCGGUGCUACCACUGACAAGGCCCUCGCUGAGGAGGCCGGCGUCACCCCUCCCGCUAUUGUCGUGUUCCGUGCCUUCGACGAGCCCAAGAUCGAGUACCCAUACCCAAUCGGCUCCGCCAAGGUCAAGGACAUCGAAAAGUGGCUCCAGGUGAUGUCCGUCCCCAUCAUCGACGAGGUUGGUACGGAGAACUACCACACCUACGCGGAGAGCGGCAAGCCGCUCGCAUAUCUGUUCAUUGACCCGACCGACGAUAAGGACCAGCGAAUCGCCGCGAUUCGGACUGUCGCUGCGAAGUACCACAGCGACAUCAACUUCGCGCUCAACCUCGUCGAGCCCAAGUGGCCGAGCUUCGUCAUCCAGGACAUCCAGAAACAGCUCAAGUAUCCGUAUGAUCAGAGCAAGGAGGUCACACCCGAGGCGGUUGAGACUAUGGUGCAGCAGUUCCUGGACGGCAAGCUCGUGCCUCAGCUCAAGAGCCAGCCCGUCCCUGCUACCCAGGACGAGAGCGUGUUCAGUCUUGUAGGCAGGCAAUUCGAAGAGGUUGUCUUUGAUGACGACAAGGACGUCUUCGUCGAGUUCUACGCCAGCUGGUGCGGGCACUGCAAGCGUCUCAAGCCGACUUGGGACCAGCUCGGCGAUCGUUACGCAGCGGUGAAGGAUCGUAUCACCAUCGCCAAGAUAGAGGCCCAGGAGAAUGACCUUCCCCCCUCGGUGCCGUUCCGUGUCAACGGAUUCCCUACCCUCAAGUUCAAGCCGGCUGGUACACGCGAAUUCAUUGACUACAAUGGCGAUCGCUCCCUGGAGAGCCUUGUCGCCUUCGUCGAGGAGAACGCGAAGAAUGCGCUCGACCCGAAGAUCCCCUUCAACAAUGAGUCAAAACAGGAGCAGGUCCCGAUGGACGACCACCACGACGAGCUCUGA